GUGCACACCGAGGUUUCGUUUAUAGCCGAGCGAAGCAAGAGUCUUCGCGCACCCCGGCUCGACGCAUUUGAGUUGAUUCUGGUUUUAACACGUAGGAAGCUUUCAACCCACAAUCUUUCGAACCCUGUAACACCUCUUGUUCUGUGUGUGAAAUUCUGAAAUUUCAAAAAUCAAGUUUUAGGUUUUCAAAAGAAUAGAACGUUAACUUUCGAAUAUACCUGUAAAAGACGGAAAAUCGCCAUCAAUCAGCGCUCGUUGUGAAGGAAACUUUGAUCCUGUGAAACGCGAAGAAGAAGCGAGUUAGCAAAAAAGUCGAACCUAAGAAGAUACGAAACUGAUUCACCGAGCGAGAGGAGAAACAGCAACCGAGAAGCAGGCGUGCCUUUUGGAUCAGCAACAGACAACGCCAAAAAUUGCCUUGUCUAGCACGCUUGCUUUACCCAGCCGAGAGGGGGUCGCUCAGUCGAGGUCAAAGUGAGAGCUAGCUGACGUCAUCGGAAACCCCAAGAAUCCCGACAGCACAUGCCAGUAGUGCCUGUGGUUGACACCGUCUCCGCUGCUACAGCUACCCUUCCCUGUGGUCGUCCAGAACCAUUACGUGACCGUGUGUCUGGCUUGCGUCCCCAGCGGGUCACCAGAGACCGGAAGAUGGACAAUACAGGAGCGACUGCUCCGAGCGAGGAUCGCAGGUUAUUUUGAGCUCGCGGGCUUGCCGGCGGUCCAUGGACAGACGCCCCGCGAGCUGUGUGCCCCGAGAGCAGUCAGUGCGGGUCCAGGAGGCCAAGGUGAGAGGCCCUAAGCCCCGUUGUGUCCCCCCAGUCACCCUGGAGCGUCGUGACGUCAGCAUGCUACACAGCCCCGCGACCGCCAAGGACACGCGGGACCAGCCGACCACCACGGAACCGUCAGACACACCACAAGCGACCACCACCACAGUCAGUACUACCACAUCUGUCAGCAGCAGCAGCAGCAGCAGUGUCGCCGCCACCACCACUACAAGCGCCAUAACCACGUCGGCAUCCGCCGGAGCAGCAGCUAUGGUGGCGCCAGCAUCAGCGACGUUAGCUUUGACCUCGACUUCAGCAGCCCCAGUCGUUGUUGCAGUCACAGAAACAGCAGCAGCAGCAGCAGCCGCUGCAGCAUCUACACCACCACAAGUAUCACCAUCAGUCAGCGCCGUUGGCUCAUGCCCACCGCUCACCACGGCACCGCCAUCGUCUCCGUUGUCAGAAGUGACCGCGGCGGCGACAACGACAACAGCAGCAGCAACGACCACAACGACAGCAGCAAUUGUGGGUGGAAAGCGUCCAAUAGGAGAGGAGAGCCCCGUCAUCAUCCUGACGCAACACCAAGAUGAUGAGAAAGACAACGAUGAAGAAGAUGAAACUAAGAAACCAACGGAUUUGUCCGAAUCCACCACGACCAAAAGAACGAAGCGACAAGAACUUGUCAAGCUUCACAUACAAAAACCAGAUGAAUCAACGAGCCAAGUUUCGACCCACGAGACGCCGGGCGACAGAGGCAGGGAGACCGAGAGGCGGGCGGGGAGGACCGGGGUGCACUUCUCCACAGUGUCCGCCCGCCGGGAUGUGGCACACGUCAUGGAGUUCUUCCUGGAGCAGGAGAAGAGCCUGCAAGAAAGCUUCCUGUCCCUGCCUAAGCGAGCCCCCCGCAAACAGCGGUCGCCCAGCCCAAACCUACAGCAAAGCAUGGGCCUGGAGCACCUAGACAACCUCAUCAAACUCAUGGAGCAACUCACCAGCCUCAAAGAUGAAAACUCCAGGCUUCGCAAACGCUGCGACUACCUCGAAAGCACGAAAGUACUACUCCAAGCCAAGCAAGACUUGAGUUUCGAGAGUAGCAGUUCGUCGUCGGGGUUCAUGACCCUACCUGCUCACAGAAGCAAACACCAUCUACGUCAUCACUCCCACCCCCACCACCAGCAGCAACACUAUGAUCGGAAGCGCGGCGGUGACCUGGCCCGGCUGACUGCAGCUUCCGGUGGGGGUGGGAGUAGCCCAAGCAUGUCUAGACCACGCUUGUCCAGCGCAGACGAACUCGAGUAUUUAGAAAUGAUCGACUCGUCAUCGGAUCAGCGUCCACGACGCGCAAAAUCUGCCAUGCACAAACGCAGCUUCUCCACCGGGUCACUAGAGGUGCCGUCAGAACUUUUAGAAGAAGUGGCCGGCAUGGAGAAGAGAAAAAGAAUCAAAUCAAAAACAGGCAGAAGUAUUUUCGGAGGGAAACCCUCGUCUUCAAAACAGAAAUCUUCUAAAGGAUCAAAGUGGGCUCGCGUGAAGAAAGUUUUGACGGGCCAGAAGUUGUACGAGGAUUUAGGCACGACCAUACGAUCGCUCCGCGACCUAGGGAAAUCCUCGCACAUACAACGUUAUUCUACCAGCGGAAUCCCUUCGCGGCAACACGAGACUAGUCCGCCCUCGCCCCGCCCACCAAGUGAGCACCGCCCAACAGAGGGCAGUGUUAGUCCGGACCCGGACUCGGUGUUUGGGGCGGGGCCUCCCCUCAGUCCCGCCCCUGCGCCUGUUCGCUCUUACAGUCUAGGACCAUCCAGCGGCGCCAGCCGAAAGGACCCUGAUCUAACAGCAGACAUCUGGAUGGGGCCGCCUGAUUGGUGGGAAGAGUACGAAGCACAGAAAGAGAGCGGAACUUCCACAGCGAGUGACGUCAGUUCUGUUAUUGAAGUGACCACCAUGUACUUAGGCGGAAAGAAAGACGUCACAACAACCACCACUGGCUCAACUACGCCCACCCCUACCCCCAGCACUGGGGGUGGGGCCGUGGGCGGGGCAGUGGGUGGAGCAGUGGGCGGAGCAGUGGGUGGAGACACCAAUGGUGCCUCUGCUCAACCUGAAAAUUUCUUAAAGGUCGAACAACCCUCCCUCCCCCGACGCCAGUCAAGCCCGAGUCUCGGCUUUCAGGAGGAGGCUGAGGACGACGACCUUCUCGACGAUUUGACCAUCACCUCAGACAGCAGCUCACGUGCGCGCUUCCUGCACAAAUCCUCCAGCUGCAAAAGCGCUGACCUUGAACUGCCCAAAGGAGAGCUGUCCCUCUCUAUGUCCCCGAAAUCUAGUGAGGGCCGCGAGUCGAAAAAAUCCCACAAAACAGCGUGGGGCAGAGUCAAGGACAUUAUCCACACAAGAAAAGACAGCAUUAAGAAAAAACCGAAGCGGGAGAAAUCCGGAAUAGAAAGUGAGGAAACCUCUGAGAUCGACAUGGAAGCCUUGAUGGAGGAGCAGUGGAGAUCAGACUCGUUCGCCGAUGGCUUACUCAGCCGUUCCACGCCCAAGACAUCCCCAGUGGUGAUCAGACAGCAGAGCUCUAAGAGCAUCAGCGAGUCACCGCCAGGAGCUGGCGUCAGUAAGACCUCCCCGUCUCGCGCCAGUUAUCAGAUGGGUUCAAGUCCCGGGAAUGUGGACAUGGCUGCCUUGUUAGCUGGCAGCAUGAGCGACGAGUUCAACCGAAAGAUGCAGGAAUGGGAGGAAAAGCGGACGAAAAGGUCACGCUCCGUUCGGGCUUCCAUAGAGGACAGUGAGCUGGACGCUUCUGGGGUGUCCACGGACUUCCCUGUUAGGACGGUGGACUUGAAAGACUUACGCGGUAAAGGUAAAUGCCUUUCUUCCUCUCUGUAGCUACCUUUCUCUAGUUCUUUCUGUUUCUCUCUCU